AAACAUUUUCCUCCUCAUUCCUUGAUAUGAUUUUUUCUGACACACUGCUGGUAUGACAGCGACACAUACAGUUCUGAUUUGGCUUUAUUGCGACGCUGGCCGUUACGAUUAGUUUCGAAACGAAAGUGACGACAUAAGAAUGGAUGUCUAUGAAAUUACAAUGUUCUAGAACGGUUGUCAAGCAAAGCUUCUCCUCCGCUAGCUCCAAACACCGGCCUGUAUACAGUGUACAACGCCGUCGUCAUGACGGGGCGGUGCCAGUUCACCAGUCUGGACUGGGAACCAGCGGUCCAUGCCCAUCCCGUGAUGACCGGGCCCAUAUCCCUCACGCCCCGCCCAGGCAGAACAGUUGAUUCCGUCCGAGGGAAAAUGGGCAGCUUGUACCAGAAAGCCAAGUCUCUCUUCACCACAACCAGCCUGGAUCCCGCUAUUCUGGAGUGCCGCCAACAUGGCUACAUUUUGCUGGGGAAAAGUUUGGGCUCGGGGUCUUACGCCAAGGUGAUACUCGCUGAAGUAACGGCUGGAGUUCUGUUGAACAACAAGGCUCUGGAGAGCGAAGUACAACAAGAAGGCCAUAACAAGGUUGCUGUCAAGAUUAUAUUGAAGGCGAAGGGGAACGUAAAAGAAGAAGAGUAUAUAAGGAAGUUUGUACCUCGUGAAAUCACUGCGAUGAGGAAACUGUCAGCUCACGACAAUGUGAUCCGCCUGUAUGACCAGUUUGACUCUAGUGCCCGGAGGUACCUAGUUAUGCAGUACGCCUCUAAUGGAGACAUGCUGGGCUUCAUCAACAAGUGGCGGGCGGGGAGCCUGGUGGGGCUGCCCGAGGCUGUGGUCCGCAGGUUCCUCCGGCAGAUCCUGAGUGGUUUGAACUACUGCCACGAACAACGCGUUGUUCACAGGGAUCUGAAAUGCGAGAACAUCUUACUAGAUGGGCACUAUAUCGUCAAGAUUACUGAUUUUGGAUUUGCAACGACACUAGAAAGGACAGACUACUACUUUGACGAUUCUGUGGAGUACCAGUACUUGUCUACAUUUUGUGGUUCAUAUGCCUACGCUGCCCCUGAGAUCAUCCGUGGGCAGAAGUACCAAGGCGAGCCGGCAGACAUCUGGAGCGUUGGUGUGAUAUAUUACGCCAUGCUGUGUGGAGAGCACCCCUAUAAGGAUAGCUACAGUGGGAAGUCCCAUGGUUCUGCCUUGCUGAAACAAAUGGAGAGGCCAAUCAAGUUCAGUCCAUUCACAUCUGCGGAUGCCAUGGACGUAGCUUACAACAUUUUGGUACAAGACUGGACCAAACGCCCGAGCGCAGCACAGCUUCUUCAGCACGCCUGGCUCCAGGGAGACGACCUACCGGCCAAGGAUAUCACUGCAACACUUCAAAAUCACAAAAAGAAAAUGACGAAGCGAGGGAAGCAUCAGGCCCAGCAGACUUUGCCGGACCAGACUGGUGCGGGGCAGCACGAGCCAGGACCGGCUGGGCGGACCGGAUCUCCCCGCAGACAGGCCUCCACACAGAGCAGACGGCCCAGUAGGACACUUCGUUCUCCAGGGCAGACAGAACCACAGAGGAAGAAACAGAAGCCCCGCCCGUACCCAAGCUGCCCCCCACCUGACGACCAUCAUUCCCUGGGAGACAGGAAGACAGCAUCACCCUACAGAGCUGGCCAUUCCACCAACUCCAGUUACUGUGACCGUCAGAGUCAGGACAGGGUCCGGACCUGGCGGCCAUGUUCCCAGCCGGCGGGAGACAGGGGAGAUCUAACCGGUUCUUCUGCCAGGCGGCAGGCGGUGACCUUAUCCUACACACUGUCUGGCACAAGAGGUGUUACAGUUUCUUCUUACCCAAAGGACCCACAAUGCGCCAAAGCAACUUCGCAAGACUCAAAAUCGGGCAAUGACAUAUCAGUACAUGGACAGCGGAGGACAAAUCGUCAAGUUCAGGCUCGUGCAGUUAUCAAGCGACAAAACAAGGUCAAAGAUGCACAAAAAGGGCCUGCAAAGAUCAAACUUGGUUUUACCCCACACUGGACACCGAUUGUGGCCAACACCACAGGAAGUAUCAGACUUGGUGCAGUUAGAGCACCUCCUAACAGGGACACUAGUGUGGCACCGAUAGUGCUGUAUGCCAAACGGCCACAGUACCUGGGGGGCAGCCUGCUGCCACCCCUCAACACAAGGGGAAAGCUGUGAUCCGUUCAUCAUUACAUCAGACAUGUCAUCUAUAGCUGAAAGGUGUUCCAUCAUUUCAUAACUUUGCUCUUGUCAAAGUAUUACCUCUUGUUGAAAUUGAGUUGGAAAGUUCAACCCUGAUCUUAAGUUUUCUUAUCUCAAGGUAACAAUACGACAGUGCAAAGACUAGUAAGGGCAUAGAUGUGCGUAUGAUGACUGUGAGAGAUUUUGAAAGUAAAUGACAAAAUAAAAGAUUCAAAGCAAACUGACUUCUAUUGAUGGACAAACUGCAGGACCCAGGUGACAGAACAAAUGCUACACACAAACGUGUUAGAGUCAGCUUAAGGAAACAUAUAAAAUGUUUUCACUGAAACUUGUCUUCAUGACCAUAAAAUAUGUCUGUUGCCUCCACCCACAAUUAGUAUUAUCAGGUUGGUGAAAGGCUUUUAAUGUUGCAGCUUGUUCUGGAACUGCAGGGGCAUUUUUGUUGAGAUAUUUCAAGGUGGCUAAUUGUUGUUUUAUCAUGGCGAGGACAACACAUUAAAGUCUAACUUUGCAUACCCCUAUUCAAAUUGAAACUUGACAAGAAUCCAGACACAUCUUGUUACAAAUAACAUCUUUAUUUUACAUUAAUUUUAUACAUCAUUCUGUGGAAGCUUCCAGACACUAUUAGCAACUUGGGUGCACUUCCAUUACUAAUAAUAGUAUACAACUAGUCUUACAUAGACAAAGGCAAAAAUGCCUGACACAAAGUAACUAAACUUAUUGAUAACUUAAGUACACAUCAUAUAAAUGUAUUAUAACAUGUUAAAUAGAUACAAAUGCUUACAGGUUUGUCCAAGUAGUAUAAAGCUUCAAGUGCAGCUAGCACACUUGACACAAGUGCAGCUAGCACACUUGACACAAGUGCAGCUAGCACACUUGACACAAGUGCAGCUAGCACACUUGACACAAGUGCAGCUAGCACACUUGACACAAGUGCAGCUAGCACACUUGACACAAGUGCAGCUAGCACACUUGACACAAGUGCAGCUAGCACACUUGACACAAGUGCAGCUAGCACACUUGACACAAGUGCAGCUAGCACACUUGACACCUGGUCAAUAUUUCUAACAUAUACUAAACUGUACAGUAAGACAUGUAGUAACGUUGCACAUGUACAUGAUGAAGGCACAGCGAUGUAACGGUCUCACACUCUGCUCAGACUUCUAAACAGAUAUCAACAUUUCAGCCUUCCUUCAUAAAUAAGGAAACAUGAAUUUGAAGACAAGGAGGAGGGAAGUUUCUUUAUGAACAAGGCUGUUACUUAGUCAUGGUUCUUGAAUGGUUUCACUUCAUGUUAUUUCAAACAGUAUAGUUUAAUACAACACAAGGACCCUCCCAACUGAACAUAGUAAUUUCAGUACUCAGAAAGUCCACAUGAUACCAGUGCUGCAUACCCUAACUUAGGUUCAAGUCUGGAUUCAAGAUGGGACUUUUAAGUAUGGACCUGAACCCAUGACGAUGUGUUAUUAUUUUUGGCUUGCUACAUGUGAAAUUGUGUGGCCAAAAAUCUUACAUGCAAUUUGAAAAAUAUACAUGCAAGAUUACAUACAGCUAGUAGUAACACAAAUAAAUACUCAGUAAUAACAUUAUCUUUUUUUCCAGUGCAAAUUUCACCAUCUAUGUGUAAGAUGUCUGUGACUGGUUCCUGACAUUCAGUUUUUAAACUGAAACAUUUUUUACAAGUCCAGUCCCCAUCCGAGGGAAAAGCUGCUCAGCACUAGCAUUAUAACUGACUUCACUGGCUCUUACCAAUGACAUGGUUUGGGUAAAACUGACUGACCCUGCAUUAAUUAGGUACACUGUUGGUUUUUAUCAGCCAGACUUGAGCAGCUUUGGUCAAUGUUACAAAACGUCUCUCAUUGUAAUUGAAACAUCAACAUCUCAGACAAGUAUUUGUGCAACAAAAAUGGCAGAGAAACAUGUGAUGGACCAACAUGCAGCAAUACCGGCAUGAAUGGCAUUUACAGUAAAGAUGAUAUUUUAAUUGGGCUGGUAUUCUCAGCAAUAUGACAUUCAAUAAAUAAUUGACUUAAAAAAACUAAUUGCAUGACCUGUAUGUUUAUGUGAACAAAGGGGUGAUUCAAGACAAGAAGGAGGUAGAGUGCUGUACAAAAAAACUGGCGCGUUUUGUCGUGAUAACUAUACUGAGAUUCAAUGUUAUGAAACAAAGCUGUGCACUGUAUUAUUCUAUAGUAAGACAGGAUGGUAUUCACAGGUGAUGUAGGUCCUGUAAAUGCACCUAAGUUUGCACUGAUUAAGGAGUAUUUGCCAUGGUUUUGAGUUAGCUACAGUCACAUACUGCCACACUAAUAGAA